GACGACACAACCACAAAGAGUUUUAGUGUCAGCAACAACGAGAUGUAUCCAGGGCCGGCUUACAAGGGGGACAAGCGGUGCGACCGCUCCGGGUCCGAGCCCGUGUCCCCCCGUGUAAUAAUAAAUAAGGGGCCCAAUUUUUUAUAAAUCUAUAUUUUUAUAUAUAAGAAAAAUUAUAAAUACAAUAAAAUAAAAUUGAAAAGGGCCCAAAAUUAUUUGAUUUUAUUUUCAUUACAAAAUAUACAAAAUAUUAUUGAUUAAAUUUUAAAAAUAUUUUAAACAUUAUCUCUAUAUAAAUUUUAGAGAGUAAAAAAAUUUCUUUUUGCUCUAGGGCCCCUAGCAGUGUUGAACCGGCCGUGGAUGUAUCGAGCUGCGUAAGAGCGCAGUUGACAAGUUCUUGGACUCUGACAACAACAAAUCAGAUUCUGAUUAGUACUUCCUUUUUUUUAGUGCUUUCUGCGUUGUGAAUUUUGAAUAUGAUUGUACUCGUAUUAAGUGUUUUCAAGAAAUGAACAGAACAUAAAGCGUAGCAGUUCAGGGAAUCCAAGGGUAACAAGUAAUGCUCCAACAAAGUCUAUGGAGAAGAGCAAGUCAUCUUCUUGAUAACCAUAACAUAUGCUAUGCUUUCCAAUUAAUGAAAUCUCUGUUAACUUCGCUGCAACACUUUUGCUUUAGCACAAAUCCAUUAGUAUCAUUAAAGAGUUGGCAAAGAAAAAAAUCAACUAAAUCAUUAAAGAGUUUGGCAACAACAAAAAUAAAAUCACUAAAGAGUUUGGCAAAAUUAUUUAAUAAGAAUCACUAAUUAAUAAUCUCUCUUAUUUAUAAGUUCAAGUGGCUUAGUUUAUUUAACAGUAUGGCACUGAAAUACCUGAAAUAACAUUUGUGAAAAAAAAAUGAAAAUUCACUUAAAACUAUAUACAUGUUUAUGCUGACGAAUAAUUUUAUAGAUGUCUAAUAAUUGAAACAUUAUAAAAGUAUAUAAUAUAUAUUUAAUUUUUAGAUAUGUCUUAGUACUAAAAAUCUUCAACAUGGCAUUCCUACAAGUUAGUGGUACGCACAUCUUCUGCAUAUCCCACAAGUUGAAUCAUAUGUUAUCUAUAUGACAACCAAACUCCCACAUAAGAUUGACCUAACAACAUUAUAAAAAUGUACAUUUAUUUCAUAUUUGUAUAGUUUACUUUUGUUUAAAACCAUAAAAAUCAAGAAUGGCCUUAUAGAAAAUAGGAUAGAUGAAUUCUACCUCUCACCAAAACACCUUUAAACACAUUUUAAUAUUACAACUCUUAAACUUAUCAUUCUUGUGAGGUUUUUGACUUUCCCUCUCUGUUCUAAGGCAUUCUUGUAACAAUGGAGAAGGAUAACAGCAACAAGAAGAGUCUCUCUGAACAACUCAAGCACACGAAUUCCCCGGUGUUCUCCACCGCCAUUUUCUCCUUCAUAAUGCUGCUUGUUGUGGUGGGAACAAUGCUCUCAAACAUGUCUCUAGAGUCAACUUUCUUCUGGACUUCACCGACCUCUGAGGUAAUCACAAUGGAGAGAAAGCCACUGGCUCCUCCUAAGAACAGCACAAGCAGAUACAGAAUCUCUUGGCUUCGUUCUCAUCUCAAAGAAUUCGAGGUUUUCAAGUCAACCAACCUUUCAGAGAAGUUUCACCAAAGGGUUCUUGAGUCUUUAAAUGAUGAAUGUGAGGUUAGAUUCUUCAUGACAUGGUUUUCACCAGCAGAUUAUUUCGGCAAGAGAGAAUUUCUAGCUGUAGAAAGCGUCUUUAAAUCUCAUCCUCAAGGCUGCUUGAUGAUCGUUUCAGGAUCCAUGGACUCUCCACAAGGAAGUACCAUCCUUAAACCAAUAAGUGAUCUUGGUUACAAGGUGUUUGCAGCCACACCAGACGUCUCAUCCCUUCUUGAGAACACACCGGCCAAAACUUGGUUUCAAGAAAUGAAAAGCUGCAAAAGAGAUCCAGGGAGGAUACCGUUAUCUCAGAACCUUUCAAACCUCGCGAGGCUAGCGAUUCUAUACAAGUACGGAGGCGUGUACCUGGACACGGACUUCAUCGUCACUAGAAGCUUUAAAGGGUUGAAGAACUCAAUAGGAGCGCAAACAGUUGUGGAAGGAGAUUCAAAGAACUGGACAAGGCUGAACAAUGCGGUUCUUGUCUUUGAGAAAGAACACCCUCUUGUUUACAGCUUCAUGGAGGAGUUUGCUUCCACUUUUGAUGGGAACAGAUGGGGACACAAUGGUCCUUACUUGGUGACAAGAGUAGUGCAGAGAGCACAAGAGACUAUAGGGAACAGUUUCACAGUAUUGCCACCAGUAGCGUUCUAUCCAUUUAAUUGGAUAGACAUUCAAAGAUUGUUUCAAACGCCAAGGAGCAGGAAUGAGACUACAUUACUCAAAGCUGAUCUGAUCAAGCUGAACAAAAGAAGCUACGGGCUGCAUCUGUGGAAUAAGAUCACUAAAAAGAUUAAGAUUGGAAAAGGCAGUGCCAUAGACAUCAUAAUUUCAGACCAUUGUGUUGUUUGCAAAGGAAUCCAAAGAUGAAGAGAAUCAAAUCAAUGUCUACGACUCUUAACUCUAAUCUUGAUUGUCUAAUUUUGUGUAAGAUUUUGUCCUAAGCCCUAAAUGGUAAACUCUUUUUCACUUCAUAGUCAAAUACAUGAUGUUUAAU